UGAGCAGGCGUGUCAGCAGGUGGUGUCAGCAGUGCCAGGCUUGGUCGGCAACCAUGACCAAGUGUCGGCUGACACAGGCGUGUCAUGACGCAUGACACACACGUGGAGUGUCAGCACAGCUGUCAGACAGUGACGCACAGCUGUCUCUCUAGAAUGCUGCUAAGCUGUGCGUCGGGACAGGCUGAGAAUUUAUUGAAGGGCGUAUGAUAGAAGGUGUAUAUGGGUGUAUGCGUGGGCGUGUGAGGACCAUGGGCGGCGCCCAUGGGCGUAAGAGGUGAGAGUGGCAGCCCACGGUGCCUGGUGGAGAGCGUGGGCACCCUGGUGUGUCCUGGUGGAGAGCGUGGGCACCCUGGUGUGGCCUGGUGAGCUGCAGAUCAUGGUGAGCUGGAACAUGUUUAGUGAGCUCUGCAGAGAGACACUUAAAAGGUCUGUUAUUGACGGCAUCCAGGCGUUCCAGCACCUCCUGCACUCCAGGACACGUGAGUACAUGCCCCUUCUGUGUACUCUAGACUGGUUACUCCACUCCAGGACACGUGGGGGUGGUGAUGGUCGGGAGAGCAGUGGAGCAGGGAGCGGCGCCCCCUCCUCUAAUGGCCAACAACAACAACAGCAGCAGCAGCAGCUGCACGAUGCCCAGGGAGCCAGCAGUAAGAGAAGUCCUGCCCAGAAGGGACUGGUGUCAUUCGUGGCGUUGACGAGCGAUGUUGACCAGAGCCCAGGUGGUGAAGUUGAAGUCACACUUCGUCCACCUGCCCCAGGUGGUGCCUGGGGUCUACCACCUUUACCUCAGGGCCGCAGCAACAGCCGCUAUUCUUCCAGCAUGGUCCCCCCAGAUACUUAUGGGUUUGCACAAGAUAACUCACCAGCAAGCACUCGUCAAAGAGCUCCAUUGCCAGGCCCUAAUGAUCUUAUAUUUGGAGAAGAUGACAAGUCCUCUGGACUGUCUUACAAAGACAGAGAGGAGAGGCUGCGACAGCUGCGAGAGAGACAGCAGCUGGAGAAACAGCAAAAACUCGAGGAACUUAAGGAGCAGGGCCUCCAGUCAAAGGCAGCCGCAGCACAGCGCUUCCGAGAACAACAGGAGAAUGAGAGACGGCGACGCCUUGAAGAAAUGAGGCUACGGGAUGCUGACCGACGGUCACAAGUAGAGGAACGCAAGCGAAUAAUCCAGCAGGCGGAGCAGGACCGUAGGGAGGCCGUCAUCAGGAAGAACGCUGAGCGCGAGCACCGCCUGGAGUCCAAGCGACGUAAUGAGAGAAGCAACAUUGUGUUCGCCUUUGGCAGUUCCACCCCUCGGAUGCUGGACCCCAAAGACAACAGCACCAAUGCCUCAUACUGGAGUUCUCGCAGAGCAACCUCGACGACCAAUGUGCAUCUUGUGGACACGUCCAUCACCCGGCGUGCAUCGGAGUGCGGCGACAUAGAGCUGAGCCGCAAGCGAGCAACUUCAGCCCAGAGUCUUGACAGGAAGCCAGAAGACCUGCGUAUGUCAAGCUCGAUGUAUGAGGUGUUUCACUGGGAUGAGAGCGGCUCCUCCCACCAAAACCAUGCCCCUACUACCCAAGGUACCCGGCUGACCAAGUCUCGUGACUCGUCACUGGAGCGCAAGACCCCACCUUCUGCCCUCUCUUGGGUCCGAUCCUCAACUCCUCAGCCUACUAAGUCAUCUUCUUUUGCCCUUUCUUCCAAGGACACUCCUGAUCCUCCUCCUCCAUCCUCCACCUCAUCCUCAUCCUCAGAUAAAACCCCAACAAAUGCAUCCCAAUCACGGUUCUGUGUGUGGGAGUUUGGGGAUAACUUCGCCGCACUGGGUCCCGCAAACCAAAGUAGCGGCGGUAGCGGCAACCCAGUCUCCGCCUCACCGGCUUCAACACCCACAUCUUCCACGUGCUAUUCUCGUAGAACUGCUUCUGUAUUUACUGGGGCUGGGUGCACUAUCGGUGGUGAGGACCUCAUGACAAGAUCGAUGACGGCAGCUAUCCCGACGUCGGCGGCAAGACGGCGGACAGACUUGAUACCAGCAAUGCCGUCACUACGCGACUCGUCCACCCCCAGCCGUAGCAGUCCACGGCACCGGUCGCCAGGUAGGGCCUUGUCUCUUGGCCGGUUGGAUGAACUGGCGUGUCCUCGCCACCGCAAAUCCCCUCUUGCACCCCUGCAUGAGUCUACCCCAUCCUCGGUGCGCAUGAGUCAGCCUGCUCGCACCAUGUCCAAGAGCAUGUGUCAUCUGGGUCCCCGACCAGCUAGACCCCAGACACUGGACACGGCAACUGGCCGGUUGGAUCGAGGGGUCUCCCGCAGCUCUGUCACUCUAGUACAGCCACGCAUGACACGGGCCGAGAUACUUAGGCAGAAAAAGCUGCGAGGAAAUGCCCUCUCCUCCAGCACUGACAACACUAGCAGAAAUACCAAGAGUACUUAUCAAGGCAUGCGUAGUGGGACAGUGACUCCGAACUCUCCCUCUCGUCCCACCUCGGCCCUGAGUCAGGGUUCCAACAAUAGCAGUCAGGUGUCCCUCAGGUCGCGAACUUCUCCUCGCAAGCCUCGCCCCCUCAGCAUUGCUGGAUCUUCGCUGUCCUCGGCAGAUAAGCCGAGGGAUGCCUCUACGCCGUCGAGGGAAAGUAGGCCCAUGGAGAGGAAAUUGUCUGUCGGAGCGUCUUUACCCUCGGCUAAACCCACACGAGCCAAAAGCGUCGGGUCAGACAGGAGUGCGCCGGCCACUCCUGCUCGCACACCAGCAAAAACUACGCCAAAGAAAACUCCAUCACAAGUUAAAGCCGAAAGUGCUGCCAAGAAGGCCGUAGAGAAGAGCAAAACAACGCCAAAGAGUAAACCAACGCCAAAAACCACCCCUGUACACUCCCCUCUGGUGGAGAGCAAACCUUCGCCUGGAGUCAAGGACGACAAGAAGGAAAAGGACGACAAAGCUCCUGAAACAAAAUUGGACGUAACUGAAACUAAAGCUGAAAUUGAUGAAACUGCUACUGAAAAAUCAGGAGAUAAAGUAACUGCUGUUUUGGAACCAGAAGCAGCAGUAACACUUGUUCAAGAACAACCUGACAAAGAUGCAGCUGUCCAAAUUGAACAUCAUGAAGAGGACUUAAAGGCCCAGGAUAAACCUACAGAAGUACCGGUGUCUGAAACUAAGCAACUAAUUGAUGAAUCUGUCAAACCAGUUGAAGCCACAGUUGAAAAACUAGAGCCACAACCUGAACCAGUCAAACAUACUCCGCAAGUUCCUGCUGAAGAGCAAAUCAUAAAAGAUAAAACUCCUGAAAGAGAUUUGCCAGAAGAAGUCACUAGCACUUCAGUGCCUGAAGACAGCUUGGAAAAGCUAGUCGAAGACACGACGGCAGACCAAGAAAAGACUCUGGCCCAGAAAGCUGCAGAGAAGCCUGUUACUGGCUAUGCUACAGAAGAGGAAUACAAAGCAGCUCUAGCAGAAAAACGAAGACUCGCCAGAGAAGCUAAAGAACGAGAACAGGAACUAGAACGCCAGAGACAACUUGAAGAGGAAGAACGAGAGAGAAAGGAAGAGGAGGAAUUCCUAAGGCUGAUAGAAGAACAAAAGAAAGCAGAAGAAGAACGACUGAAGAAAGCCAUAGAGGAAGCCGACCGUAACCGCGAGGAAGAAGCAAGGAGACGAGAGGAAGAGGAGAAGCAGAGAGAAGAGGCCGAACGUAUAGAGCAUCAAAAGCGCUUAGAAACUGAAGAACGCCUGAGACGAGAAGAAGAAGAACGCCAAGCUCGUAAGAGUCGGGUAGCAGCUAUAAUGGCUCGGACACGCGGUAAAGGAGGAUCUAACACUCCAACUAAGGCUGAGGCAAAAACUCCCUCCGAUGAAGCUAAGAAUUUUGGUGAUGGGGAAAUGAGUGUCAGCAUGACGGACUCCAUGAUCUCUCUGGUCACGGCCUCCGAGUCCCAGGCCGAGUCUCGGCCAGUCACUUCUGCCGCUUCUGAAUUUAGUACUCAACCACCCAGUGAUGUGUCUUCACAGCCACCCAGCGAUGUGUCUUCUCAGCCACCCAGCGAUGUGUCUUCUCAGCCACCCAGCGAUGUGUCUUCACAGCCACCCAGCGAUGUGUCUUCACAGCCACCCAGCGAUGUGUCUUCACAGCCACCCAGUGAUGUGUCAUCACAGCUUUCUAGCGAUGUGUCUUCACAGCGGUCUAGUGAUGUGAUAUCUCAGCCCUCAAGUGACACUUACACUGCACCAACUAAUGACAUAUCCAUUAAGUCUGUUCAAGAGUUGGAGUCAACUUCACAGAAUCAAACCUUUGAAACGGUAGAAGUUGAGUCUAAGUAUUGUGUUGAUCAGCAAGUGUUGCGCUCUAACGUAGUGUUGAGCUCUAACACAGAACACUGUCAGGUGGACGAUCUUAUUAGUGGCAUGGCUUCAGUUCGAGUGGAAGAGCCACAUAUUAAUGGGGAUACCCCGGUACCCAUGGACACAACUCCCACUCAAUCGGUUGACUUGUUGGGAUCCCUUAGCGAUGUACAUAGUGUAAAUCAUAAUGGUGUAGAUAACACCCCCCCGCACACUACUCAAGGGGACAAUCUUCUAGGUUCUUUAGACCCCCUCAACUCUUCCCUCACGUCCACCACUAGCAUCACUUCAGCAGCCUCAAACUUUGAGCAGAUCAUAGACCUAGGCCAAACCAAACUCAGUAACGAAGAUGCUGUUAAUAGCAAUCCACCGUCGCCCUUCAUAGCAUUUGAGCAGAAUCUGAACAAGAAGCAGAAUCAAGAGAAUACUAGCACAGUCCCAGAUCUGCUGCUCUAAGUCCGGUUUUGUUCACGUGCGAGUGUUGAUUGUGAUUUAUAAGAAAAGUAUGUGAUAGCACUGGACCUUGAUACACAACCUCAUGUGGAUGUGGAGCAGAGAGAGUAACACCUUCAUAAUAAGGGCCGGCUUUUGCUCUUGCGGACUAUGUGCAAGAGAUUGAGAAUCUGUUAUGAUUUGGCCUUCCCCAGUCAGAAUAUAUUUAAAAAAAAGCUGUAAGCCCACGUAGGGACAUACAGCGCUACAUUACCCCCAGUCAGAAGAAAUAAUUGCCUUAAUUGGUUAUUUUAGUAUCUCAAGUUUGGGACUUGCAAAAUUGUGUAAUUCAUCGUGCAGAUAUAUGCACCAAUACUGACCAUUUAGCGGUUAUAAUCCUCAAGGUGUAAUGCUUCACCAGGGUCGGAUUAAGGCUUGGGUUUUACGGGCUGCAGCCCUGGGGCCUCCAGUGAUGUUUUCAACUUAAUGAUGUUUUGGAGAAAUUUGUUUCAAAGAUAUUACGCAGAGCAAAUGUUUGAAUUUUAAUUAUGGUUUGCCUUGUAAAAAUAAGUAUUUAACUUUUUUUCCCUUUCUGAAAAUAUAACUGGUGGCCUCACAGUACCUGUAGUCCAGGGGCUACAAAAUCUUAAUCCGGGGCUGUGCAUCACUAUAGUCUUCUCAGAGAUCUGUCUUUCCAAAGGUUAGUAUUGUAUAGUUUGAGCCAAACGAAUGCUUACAGAUGUAGACAGACAAGGAAAUUUUUAUCAUUACUGUGUUAUAGCAGUGUGUUCUGCACUCCAAAAUAGAUAUUAAUCCUACGAAAGUAGCUUUACUGCAGAAUGUGCUAGUUACUAUUGUGCUAAACUAUAUACUAAAUGAAUGACACGAACACUGCCAGUAGGAGUGGCACCAGUGUCUGAGCUCCAUUAUAAAAUACCAUGAAAAAUUAUGUAUGGUACUUCAGUAUAGGAAGCCCCCCCCCCCCCCCCGGCUUUUUUUCCCCUCAUAUAUCGUGCAAGUUAAUCUUACUUAUUAAGAGACAGUUAAAUAUUCAAGAAGGCAUCUGUAUGUAGCUACAUUUAUUGUUUUGCAAAAUAUUUUACUUACUAAAGUCAGUUUAGACCCUUGUGGGUUAAGCACUUAGUUUUGAGUGUAAUAAAGUUAGGUUUAACGUGUGAAAUUUUAUCUUGUUUCUCGGGUAAUAGUUUACCUGCCCUCGGCCCACUGAGAAAUGCUCUAUUAGAUUAGAUUGAUACUAAAAUGAAUAGGAAAAGCAAAUUAUAAAAUUAGCUGGGAAUUCUAUACUGACCAAACAUGGUGCUGGUGUCAAGAUAAAGGACGACGGGAAUGCUAAAAUUCUCACAUUGCAUAGUUAUUAAUGUACCUCAGUUCUGAUGUGAUCUCCUACUUGCAGUAAUAUAUAUAUAUAUAAUAGUCAGUCAUAAGAAACAAGUGAUAUCUUACUAUGGAAUAUAACUACAGUGAAAGGCAAUAAAAUUUUCAGUGCUUUUUGUAGUCUAAAGUGAUUAAAAGUUCAUGACAGCACUUGAAAUUUUAUUAACUUUGAUUGGUUAUGUUGUGUACACAUUAUCAACACACAUACACACACACACACACACACAAAAUUCAUAUGGAUCAAAUUAAAAAAUAACCUGUUUUAUAUAUGAAAGAAAUCUGUUAAAUACUGAAUGGGUGCUAGUUGGUGUAGCAAGCUUGCCAUGACUACUGUUGACCUACAGGUCUUCUCAUUAUAGGCUAUACAUUAAUACUGCAGUGCAGUCAGUGUAUAACCACCAGUCAUUAAGAACGACACGUUCACUAAGGCUACAAUCAUAUUUUGGGUCUCCUUGGAGUAGAACAGUCCAAUAGUUUACGGUUAUUAAUCAGUCCACGUGAUAAUGUCAUGUGCAUAAUUGACUCAUACUUCUGAAAGUAUUACAUGUAUUCAAGAUACCCUCAUGGGCUUGGUGGAACGACAAGUGUUGCUGGGAGGUGACUUUUAAAAGCAACUAUUUUCUCCAUUAUAGGCAAUCCCUGCUUGGAACUCUCCAGCUUCAUGGCUGCUACUCACAAAUUAUAGUAAAAAAAAAAUGUAUUUUAGACUUGUUAAUAACCACUAAUAGUACUAUAUUCACCAGCUCUAAUCCAUUCUAUCUCUGCUACUUUCCCUCUUUAUUUACUUUUAUAGAAAAUGUAUAAAGUCUAUCUUGUAUCUUAGGUAUUAGGAUUUGCUUUAAGAAGUCAUGUUUUUUUCCCCCUGAGUAAUAUUAUUUAUAUAGUUUAAGGUUUUUAUAUUUUGAGUUGCAUUUACCCAUGGUGCAUCAACGUUAAAAAGUAUACAUGAAAGUUGGCCUUCUUGCCUUUGAUAUGGCAUUAUUUGUAUUUUAUUCAAUGCUCAAAGACCUCAUUAAUAUCGUAAUUUGCUUGCAAAUUGUCUCAUAAAGAUUAUACACUAAAAGAUAAAAGUUGAAUUGACAUUUCAGAGGUGAAAUCUCGGUCAUUACUGCCUCUGUCACCUCCAACUUUGUAUCUUAGGCCAUUAUAAACCUAACCCUGUACACUAAAAGUCCUUGUACUGUAUUUGUAAAGUGCUAUAUGUGGUAUAAAAUUUAUCAAUCAAUGAA